GCUAGGUCAAAAUGAACACUUGUCAUCGAGCUCAGCUCGUGUGUUUAUAUAGCAGCAGGCAGCAGCUGCAAGAACGAACAAGACAGCUACUUGUCGCCGCGCCGGCACCGCCCACCAAGCAGGCAAGCGGCAUGACCCCCGACGCCGCGUUCGCGCUGGAGAUCGCCGUGGUGGCCACUUUGGUGGUGCUCGUCGUCGUCAUCGUCGUCGCCUCCUCGGGCGGCUGCGACUGCGAGCAGCCUGCCGUCGGCGCGGGCCGCGCCGGCGCCGCGGUGCACGACGACGUCGAGCGCGCGCUCGGGUCCGACACGCUCGUGACGUACGAACAGGCGAGGGCGGCGUCCGGGAAAGGGGGCGGCGGGACGGCGGGCAAGAGCUGCGCCAUCUGCCUGUCCGACUACGCCGCCGGGGGCGACGACGAGCUCGUGCGGGUGCUGCCAGCGUGCGGGCACUUCUUCCACGCGGGGUGCGGCAUCGACGGUUGGCUCCGGGCGGUCGGGACGUGCCCGGUCUGCCGCGGCGAGCCGUGGCCGCUGCCGAGGCAGCCCAGGCCGGAGUGCGCCCCGAUGCCGCCGCGAGCGAGCCGCGCCACGGGUGAUCUGCCGUACCGGGCGAAUCAACUCCUCCUUCCACUGUUUGAUUCUUGAUUACCUGCUAGGAUUGUUGAUCGUCUUGUUUGUUAUUAUCUGCCCAAUGGGCAAUAUCUGAGAGAAAAAAUGGCCAUUGCAUUCGAGAAAGAACAACGUCAUCCACCGGGACAUAAAGCCCGGCAACAUCCUCGCCGGCGACGGCCAUCGGGUCCUCAAGAUCUGCGACUUCGAGCUCGCCAUGUCCAUGUCCUAGGCGCCGCCGCAUGAGCCGGCCGGUGGCCUCGCGCCUCUCGUUUCCGCCGUCGUCCGCCGAAGCCGGUGAAGACCAGGAGAAGCCCUCCUCGGUGUGGGAACUGGGAAGCCCUCGUCGCCGCCGGCGGGAGGAGAAAGAGCGGUGCCUCUGUAGUUACCGUGGACUAUUUUAACAUAAACCGCCCGCGGUCCAAUUUAGAGCGGUUUAUGAAUCGCGAUCCAAUUUAGGACGUGUUAAAAUAGUCCACGGUAUUGUUCAUAGGACCCUGUAUUGGAUCGUUACGCGAUCCGAUAUUUUGUGCAGUACCCUCUAAUUUGGGUCCAAUAUGUU